GGAGGAGACGCUCCCCAUCACUGUCCUAAGAAGAAAAAGAGGACAAGAGUGAGGAGACGCUCAGGUGAUCUGAAGACAGAAUCACUGGAGGAAUCAUCUUUUAUCAACCUAAUAGGAAUAUAAAAAGAAGUCUGCAGAAGUAGAUGGGGAAUGUAAUUAGGGAAUGAGCAAGAGGACGUUUCAGAUCAAGCUGCUCCAGAAAUUUAGGAUACAGAGAAAGGCUUCCAUAGUGCUGCUCCUGUUGGAAAACUGAGCAGAGGGAUUUUAAGGAAGGACCAUGGCUCGUUUACAGAUUCUUAUUGGACUCCUUAGUUGUCUUCAUUUGGCAGGCUGUUUGAAGUGUUACACCUGUGUGUUUCCUGCCAUAUCCCCCUUGGACUGCUUGAAGUUUCCUCUGGAAUGUCCUGCAGGGCAGCGCUGCCUCUCCAGUGUGGCAACAGGAAGGCGAGGUGCUGUUCAGCUAACCAUAUAUGAGAAGAGCUGUGCCGUACAGUCACAGUGUGGCCUGUCCGGCCAGAAGUACACCUCAGGGGUUUACUUUAACUAUACCAAUGACUGCUGCGACACGGACCUUUGCAACAGAGCCGAGUCCAUUGCCGUCCUCAGCUGGAGGGGAGCGGCGCUCUGCCUGCUGUCUACUGUCACCCUGCUGCUGGCCUGAGGAGCUGAGCUUACCACAGAUCCUCUACAUUUUUUUAUUACUUUGGAGUUGACUUUCAAAGAUUUUAAAGGAAAAAUUGGUUAUAGUUCAUCACAACAUAUGCAAUUAUGGCCAAAAUGUUUUUUUAAGGUCCUCCAGAGGACAUGAAAAAAGAGGAAAUUUUUGUUUUUAAAAAGAUAAAGUUCAGUAUAAAAGAAAAAAAAAAAAACGAUAUUUUUGCAGUGUCACCCAUCCUUGUGAGAGUAACAGCACAGUCAACGUUAUUAACAUAAUGUAAGGAUGGUUCCUUAAUCCUCCUUUUUAGCUCCACUGCUUUUUUUUUUUUAUUCUUCUACAAUUUUUGCUCAUACAAGCAUCUAUUGUACAAUUAACACAACUUAUAAAUCUUUGAAUUACUGAAUAUAACUAAUAUAAGAAAAUAUAGUAAUAUUUAAAUCUAACUUUAUUUUUCACAAUUAUUAAAACUUUUUAAAGCAAAGACAAUCAGCAACGUCCUGCAGGUCAUAUGUUUUUGCUCAUCAGCUGUCAAAGCUUGUUCAAAAAUCUCCUAAAAGAAAUAAGCAAACAAACUCAACAAAUAUAAGAAAACCUCCUACAUAAAGAUUCCUCAAUCAGUUCAGUUUAUUUUUAAAGCACCAAUUCAAAACACAUGUCAUCUUAUGGCACCUUACAGAGACAAUUCAACCAGAUCAUACAGUCAGAUUGGUUCAGCUGUUUUUCUAUCUCAGGAAAACCAACAGAUUGCACCAACUCAUUGGUUGAAUCCUAAGCUGCUCUCACUUGCAAUAAAGUCACAUUCACAGCUGUUGAAAUGCGCCUUGAUUAAAGGUGUGGAGGAUAUAAGCAAGAUUGGGACAGCCUCUUCCCUUCAACGGAAAAGAGAGUAGUGGUUGCUAAGGCAACACCACGUAUCUCUAUUUAUUCAAUGGAUUCCUGA